AUGGCUCAAAAGCCAAGGAGACUUGCCCUGCGUUUGCCUGGCAUCAUCCUCCUGCUUGGGGCCGGGCUUGAGAGUUUCCUGGGCAGCCGCCGAUGGGGAAGGCAGCGAGGCUUCGCCCGAGCGGCUGCACCAGACACAGUUAUUCAAGCUGAGCUCCAGCAUGUCCUUCCUGUUGGGCCUGCCUGCCCAUUGCGAUCCCCGACCAUGGUACGUGGGAACUUUGAGACAGAGAUGGCCAAUGUCAUGAUCGUUGCUGCAAACAAAGCAGGUGACUUUGCCGCUCUUGCUCAGCAGGUUGCGACAGGAAUCCGUCCUGACCCGCGACAACAAAGAAAAGUGGGAAAAGACCUCAAGCUACAGGGAGAGCGGCUGAAGAAGCUCCUCGACAAUAUGGAGGCAUCGGCGGACUUCCAGGUCCUCGAGGCCUACUUUGUCAUGGAGCUGCAGGCCCAAAAAAUGGGGGCCCCCAGCGCUCGCACUGUUGAGAAGAUGACGAGUUGGCAGGGCGCGGGGAUCCUCGCUGAAGCCGACGGGAUGAUGGUGCCGCCCCCGCCGCAAGGCGUAGAUCCGGUGGCCUUGUCGAGGUCGUCGCCAGGCCCUAGCAUGGUGAGUCAGCCCCGAGCUCCAAGAGUACUGCCUUUCACAGAAGAAAGCUUCCAGGGAGUGCCAGGGACGGAGAUGCUGGAGGCAGAGUAUACCAAGCUGGUGGAAGAGCAUCGCGAGCUUGUGUCGUUCGGGGAGAAGUAUGCGGAGUUCGACCAAGCAGGAAAGGAGUUCUACCUUGACCGCAUGCUGGACAUCACGUCAGAGUCCUAA